AUGGCAGAAAUGCUCCUGAAGGCACAGAAGUACAUGAAUGCUGAAGAUGCUUUAGCAACCAUAAAGGAUGUAGAGAAGCCAGGAGACAAGGCAAAGAAAGAAGACGAGCGUAGGGGUCAAAAGAGAGAGCGCCCAGAUCGUCGGAACAAUGACGGGAAUAGGAGGAAAGAUGAUAAAGGUCCUCGGACUGUAAGAUUUACUCCUUUGGUUAUGUCUGUUGACAAAAUUUUAACGCAGGUCAAGGACAAGCAUUAUCUCAAAUGGCAAAGACCAUUGCACUCAUCCCCCAAUGUCCGUGACAAGAACAAGUACUGCCAAUUCCACAAAGAUCACGGCCACAACACGAAAGAUUGUAGAGACCUAAAGAAGCAGAUAGAGAAGUUGAUAUGGAAAGGCAAACUACAGAAAUAUGUGAAGAAGGGAGAAUAUAGUAAGUUCAGGGACGGUAAUAAGAACCAACAUGGGUCUUCUUCCCAGGAUGACGACCGCCCGUCCCAACCUCCACAGGAUAUGAUCGGAGAGAUAAAGACGAUUACAGGAGGGCCAUUCUCAGGAGGAUCAUUUAAAUCCCUCAAGAAAGCAUACCAGAGGCAAGUAAAUAGUGUCCACACUAUACCUCCGUCUAAGCAACGACGGACAAACCGGGACAUGUCCUUCAAUGAAGGAGACGCCAGGGGAGUGAAGCAGCCCCACAAUGAUCCUUUGGUCAUAAUGCUAAAUAUAGAGGGAUACAAUACCAAGAGGAUCCUCGUGGACAACGGUAGCUCCGCAGACAUCAUCUACCUCCCUGCCUUCCAACAACUGAGGCUAGAUCCAAAGAGACUGUGCCCAUUUGACUCUCCCCUUAUUAGCUUCAGCAAAGACAGGGUAUACCCCAAGGGCAUAGUGUCGUUGACAGUGACGGUGGGGGCCUACCCGAUGCAGUUGACCCGUCAAUUAGACUUCCUAGUGAUGAACUGCCCUUCAUCCUACAAUGUCAUCAUUGGCAGGCCCACGCUCAACAAAUGGAAAGUGGCCACGUCCACCUACUGUUUGAAGGUGAAAUUCCCAACAGAUAAUGGUGUCGACGAAGUAAAAGGAGAUCAAGUCCUGGCCAGAGAGUGUUAUCAAGUCGUCCUGUCUGCAAAGGAGAACCACAUAUGGACAAUCGAAGAAAAGGACGAAGACAAAAUGGAAGCCCUGGAAACAGUGGAACUAGCUGAAGGAGAAGUGACCAAGACGAUAAAGAUAGGGACGACGCUAAGCCCUGAGAUGAGAACAAGACUUAUUCAAUUCCUUAAAGAGAAUAUAGAUGUCUUCGCAUGGAGCCACGAGGACAUGCCAGGCAUAGCUCCAGAAGUCAUCCAACAUAAGUUGAAUGUGGAUCCGGAGCGGAAACCUGUCCAGCAAAGGCGAAGAGUCUUCGACCCAGAACGAGAUUAG